UGUUAUAUUGCAAGUCGAGGAGGGGGGUUGUGUGCAAAUCCGCUCCGAUGCGAAUCUAUUUGACCUGUGUCCGUGACCUUGCAUGGUGUCCGUGGCGAUAAAUAGGUGUGUUCUAGUGACCUUAAGGUGCGGAGAGGCGCGAAGGGCGUUAUAGAUACGGAAUUAAGGAAAUACUGGGGACAAAACACUAGACACAUAGGAGGAGUGUGUGUGCUUGGAGGACCUGAGCCACCUCCACCCCACCCCUUGGGCUUCCUGCCCCAGGAGGAGGAGGAGGAGGAGGAGGAGGAGGAGGAGGAGGAGGAGACGCGGGUGCCCCCCGGGGGACGUGACAGCGGUGACGACGAGCCCCCCGUCCUGCACCCCCCUGGCCCCCAAGCCCCACCCCACCUACCACCAGCCACACCAGUCCCCACAGCAGCCUCCGUCACCCGCCCCACACCAGGAGCACCUGCCCCAGGACUGCCUGCCCCGCCCCCACAAGGACACCGCCCCCAGCCUCCCCUGUCCAGAAGGAGCGCGCCCCUCACAGGUCCCGCUCCCGCUCCCACUCCUGCUGCAGCACUGUGGCACUCAACAUAGCCACAGCAGGAGAGGCAGGGGAGAGCUCACACACACACACACACACACACACACACACACACACACACACACCACACACACACACACACACACACACACACACACACACACACACACACACACACACACACACACACACACACACACACACACACAUUACUUAUAUAACUGUCACUAAUUACACACAAGUAAUUCUUUCACAGGCCAAUUAUCAACCCCCAAACUAACCCCCCUCCUCCCAACAGUUCCAUUACCCUUAUGAUGCAGCCAAGGGGACUGACGCCACCACCACCACCACCACCACCCACCACCACCGCCACCACCACCGCCACAACAAGGGUUAUUCAAGUGGGGAACAUGCUUCAGGUGUUGCCCCAAGAUGCCUCAGCCCCGCAGCCCCACUCCGCCAUGAUAGUGCAGGCAGGGAAUGUCAUACAGGAGGCCACGUCGGAGGUGCCUGUGGUGGGGUCGCCAGUUCCAGAGUACGAAGUGGAGGAGGAAGAGGAAGAAGAGGACGAGGAGGAGGCACGGAUGAGGAAGAAGAAAAGAUCAUUAGCUGUAGCUCUCCCUCCAGCUGAUAAGGGGAUAUUAAGGAGCCCUUCCUACAGGUGUGUCUGUCUACCUGUGUGUCUCUCCAUCUCUCCCUCUCAUUUUUCCAGUUUCCCAUUAUUUUCUCCACCCUCUUCCAGCCUCUCACUGUCUUUUCUCAGCCUCUCCCAGCCUCUCUCUCUCUCUCUCUCUCUCUCUCUCUCUCUCUCUCUCUCUCUCUCUCUCUCUCUCUCUCUCUCUCUCUCUCUCUCUCUCUCUCUCUCUCUCUCUCUCUCUCUCUCUCUCUCUCUCUCUCUCUCUCUCUCUCUCUUGCAGGUACUCUCCCAGCCGUGUCACAGCUGAUGAUGAUGAUGAUGAUGAUGAUGCCAUGCCCACCCCCAGCCUGAGCCACCCUCCACCCACCCCAGCCCUCACCAAGCCUCCUUCAGUACCCCUCCACACCACCACCACCACCACCAGCGACGCAACAGCCUCAUCUACCUCAGCCGGCCCACCCCCUGGCCCGACCCCCUCCCUGACAGUGGCCCCCCCACGGCAGGCAAGAAGAAGAAGGAGGAGAAAGUAUCAAUAAUCGUACAGAUUCGCGACGAGGAAUCCAGACUGAAACAGGCGCUGGGUUUAAAGAACAUAAUUUUCAACCCUUACGGUCCUGGCCUGGCCCCGAUUGCCAAGCUGCUGGACACCCCUGAGGAGCUGAAGCGUUUUGAGCCCAAGGGCUGCACCAUGAAGGUCCGGCCGGAGGAGAACGAGGCUCGGCAGAACAGAAACAAAGAACGGCGGCGCAGGGACAGGCCGGAGAGGGUCGACAGAAUGGACCGCCCCAGGGCAAAGGAGAAGGACAGACGCACGGACGCACAGGCCACGCAGGUCCGCUCCAUCCACCCACCCGUGCACAGAAAUGCUGGUAUCUCCACGUUGACAACUGGCCAGAGGAAGUAAGGACAGUACCUUGUGUCCCUGCCUCUGCUACCCCACCCCCUGCCCCGCCCCCUGCCCCAGCCCCCCGCACACAAGUCGGCCAAGUCCAAGUGGGACUCUGACACAGAAGAGCAAGUGGACGGACAGAAGUGAGGGGAGAGAGAGAGGAGGAAGAGAAGGAGGAGAGGAAGGAAAAUAAAAAUAUAAUCAAGAAUUUGGAGGAAGAGGAAGACCAGGAGGUACAGGUGAAGGAAGAGGAGGAAGAGGAAUAGACUAUCCCAGAGAAGAUGAAGGAAGAGGAGGAAGAGGAGGAGGAGGAGGAGGAGGAAGAGAAGGAAGAGUGAGGCAAAGGUCUUCCCCGAUUGUUUGACCGAAGAAUACGAAGCUUUCCUUAUGAUGGUGGAUGGAGGAGGAGGAGGAGGAGGAGGAGGAGGAGAGAAGAAAGAGGAGGAAGAGGAAGAGGAGGAGGAGGAAGGAAGAUGCAAGAGAGAGGUCACAUCACUAUAUAAAGAAGAGGAGGAAGACUACAUGAAAAUUGAAGAAGAGGAGGAGGAAAGAAGAAGAAAGAGGAUGAGAGAGGAGGAGGAGGAAGAGGAAGAGGAGAAGAAAGAACAGAAGACCCUGGAGAAGAUGAAGAAGAAGAGGAAGAAGCAAAUGAAGGAGAAGAGGAGGCAGAAGAAACUGGAAAAGAAGGCAAAGAAGAAGAGGAAGGAGAAAGAGAGGAAGAGGGUCAAGAGGAGGAGGAAGAGCAGUGAUAGUUCAGUACAAAUGGAGGAGGAGGAGGAGGAGGAGAGAAGACUUACAAGAGAUAAGAGGAAGAGGAAAUAAGAAUGGACUGCAAUAAGUGGCAGAGAGGAGGAGGAGGAGGACGAUAAACGCAUCACCUCGAGGAAGAAGAAGGAGGAGGAGGAGGAGGAGGAAGAGGAAGAGGAACAAGAAGAGGGUAGAAGAUUCAGCAGACACUCGGAUAAUGGUGAAAGCCCCUCUUAUACUCCACCAAGAAGACUGCAAGAACAGGAGAAGGAAGAGGAGGAAGAGGAAGAAGAGGAGGAGGAAGAGGAGCCACUUUCCCCAGUGGCUCGGUUGGGGUCGAUAGCAAGGAGUCACCAAGGGAGUCAUCGCCAAAACGGGGCAGAACCGGGGCAUUCCGGGUCACCUCAGGGUCAGGGAGGAGCUACCCGGCCAGCGACACGUCUGGGUACUAUGACCUGACCCCGGACUCCUCCAGCGGGGCAUCCGGGGCAAAGACAUUCAAUUUAGAGGAUAUUCCGUACCCUACCAGAGAGAGUGAGAGGCACAGCCCCUCCAACAUGUCCCUCUCCUCCUCCUCCUCUGCCCCACCCACCCCGCCCCGCCCCCCCCACCCCAGACACCCUGGAUGCCAUCCCCAUUCCCCCACCCACCCUGGACCUCACCAACAUCCCCAAGCCGCCCGUCACCUUCACCAUCACCCCGCCAUCCCCCAUCCCCAGGCCCAAGAAGGACCCCCUGCCAAGACCCAAGCCCCCGGUCCCCCUUCCUCCCAUGGCAGCUGCCCCACUGCCCCCCUUAUCCGUCCCCUUGCCCUGCCCCACGCCUGCCCACAGGGAGGAGUCCCUACCAGCCUCGCCGCCCCGGGAGGUGCCCCCCAUCGGAGGGGCGCCGGUGUCCCCCGGGGGACAUGACAGCGACGACGACGACGAGCCCCCCGUCCUGCAUCCCCCGGCCCCCGAGCCCCGCCCCACCCACCACCAGCCACACCACCAUAUAGUGUGGUCACAUUAUUGUCAUCAUGAUCAGGCCGCCGCGGGCCGUGGCGCGGCCUUCACCCUGCUCAUGACACACGAUUCCGCGCCGCCGGCCAGGGACCUCAGCACCGCCUUGAUUCGCGCUAACACUUUCCAGGCCUUGGCUUCCUGCGGCCUUCACCCUGCUCAUGACACAUCAAUCCACGCCGGCCGGGACCUUACGCCUUCGAUGUAUGUACCCCCCCGUGGAGCCCCGAUGGGGGCGCCGCGCCAGCCCCACAGGGUGGCGCAGUCCAUGCUACCAGCACCACCACCACCACCACUACACUGCCCCACCCCGCGACCGCUGGAGCCCCCCGGGGCGCCGCUCAUCACCCCCAGACCGCCGUGCCUCCCCGGAGCGGGGCCGCUCACCCCCCAGCCGCUCCCCACGCUACUCCCCGCGCGCCAUUCCCGUCUAUUUUCCCCACAGGGCAAGGGCUAUGGGUACUCUCCCCCUGCGGCAGUAUUUGAUGACCUCCACUGGGUUCCACAAGGGGGAGGAACAGCGAGUCUCUCCCCCCAGCCCGCUCCCCUCCCCCAACACCCUCGAUGCCAAGUCUUUGGGUACUCUCCCAGCCGUGUCACAGCUGAUGAUGAUGAUGCCACCCCCACCCCCAGCCUGAGCCACCCUCCACCCACCCCAGCCCUCACCAAGCCUCCUCCAGUAACCACCACCACCACCACCACCAGCGACGUAACACCCCACCCCACCCCUCCCCAGACCACAGGCAAGGUGACAGGCAAGGCAUGUGAGGUGAGCCAGAAUGAGCUUGUUAAACUGAGCGGCCUCUUCAAGUACCACUGGAACUGUUCGUCAGAGGAGGAGGAGGAGGAGGUAAGGGAGUGCGCCAAGACCCUUUACAGCGGUGCAAAGGAGUGGAGGGAGAUGAGGAGAAAUUUGAAAGAGAACAGAAGUAGAAUGACAUCAGAUAGCAGGAGUCCUUAGGAUUUAGCACAAUAAGAUCAAUAAUUCUCUUACAUGAGUGACCUAAAGUAAGGCAGUUUAGUCUGGCCUAACUUAACUGACCUACCUAUUUCUGUUAUGAGCUAAGAUAGGCUAUGUUAGGUUAUAUUAAAUUAUAUAAUUAUUAUUAUUUUUUCAUCAUUAUUAUUAAAGAAAGGAAAUAGAACCGAGAAAAAUAAAGUUAAAAAUUAUUGUUA